CAUCCUCCACAACACAACACAAUGGGGCUGUAAUGUCAGCGACGGCCGACCUCACAGCAUCUUCUCCACAGUACUGAGCCCGUGUAUGGAUUUAAUGAUGAUGAAGAAGAAGAAAUUCAAGUUCAAGGUGGAUUUUGAGCUGGACGAGCUGUCGUCGGUCCCUUUUGUCAACGGUGUCCUCUUCUGUAAAGUCCGGCUGCUGGACGGCGGCUUCUCCGAGGAGUCUUCUCGGGAGCCAGUGCAGGCCAACUGUGUUCGAUGGAGGAGGCGCUUCUCUUUCCCCUGCAAGAUGAGUGCCAGUGCAGGGACGGGUGUCCUGGACCCCUGUGUGUGCCGCGUGUCCGUCAGAAAGGAGCUGAAGGGGGGAAAGGCAUUUGCAAAGCUUGGUUUUGCAGAUCUGAAUUUAGCAGAGUUUGCCGGCUCAGGGAAUACAACCCGCAGAUGUCUGCUGGAAGGCUACGAUACCAAAAAUACUCGUCAGGACAACUCCAUUCUCAAGGUUAUCAUCAGCACACAGCUCAUGUCAGGAGACCCCUGUUUUAAAACCCCACCCUCCACAGCCACAGUGAUCGGCAUCCAGACUGAUGUAGAGAGCCUGCUGGAGGAGAGGAAGGGAGGCGACUCACAGAAAGCCUGUUCUGCAGAGAGUCGAGAAGGGAAGUGUCCCGUUGUGUCAGACGACCUGGGAGGCUGCGGCCACUCCCGAACAUCCAGCUACGCCAGCCAACAGUCCAAACUCUCAGGCUACAGCACAGGUCACUCUCGCUCCUCCAGCAUGUCGGAGUUCAGUCAUCGGAGAAAUCAUUCGGUGGGCAGCGCUUCGACCGGCAUUGGAAGCAUCCCGGAGCCUAAUGAAGAGCGAGAGUCCAGGCCCUGUCCGGCACUGCCUGAACACCCAGUGCCCACAGCCUCCUCCAGCAACUCACAGGGCACACCAGUGCGGAGCGCCUCAUCCUGUGAACGACUAAAUAGACACCCAGUGAAACAGGACUCCAUGGAGUCUCAGCUAAAGAGAAUGGACGACACACGGGUGGACGCUGACGAUGUUGUAGAAAAGAUUCUCCAGAGUCAAGACUUUACACCCAGCCUGAUGGACUCCAGUGCUGAAGAGGAAGGCUUGCGUCUGUUCGUUGGGCCUGGGGGAAGUACAGCCCUUGGAAGCCAUCACCUUCCCACUAGGGUCGGUGCGGGAGCAUACGAGCAGGUGGUGAUAAAGCGUUAGACCUGCAGCCUCUCAGUGACGGGCCGACACUGAUUAUACCUUAAGAAAAAGAAAAACUGGAAAUGAAGCUGAUGCCAUUUCAUUCCUAGAGCACACACAGUACCUGAUCAGCACUGUGUCCAGCCUGAUCUUUGAAGCUUCAACAUUACAACAGUGCCCUCCUGUGUUCGUAUCUGCUACAUGGCACAGCAGAUGUUCAGAUAUUUUUAGGAACGUAAGCUGGAUAGAUAUCUCAAUGUACACAGCUGCAAAUCAAGACAAAGGAAACACAUUGGUCAGAUUAUAAAAACACUUUACAUGUAUGUAUGGAGGUUUUGAAACCUGGCCCACAGUACUGAAACCAUCCGCUAUGUUGGAGUAUUAAAACAACAAACAAACAAACAAAAAAAAACACAUCUCCCAGAAUCCAAACACAACCCACAUUAAACUGGUAGGAACUGGAAUAAAGUGAUUAACCUGUCUCUGCCGGACAACAAGAGGAUGAGCUCUGUGUGUGCACCCUAAAAAAAAACACCCUAUCUACACUGAAAACACAUCCUGUGCUUUCAAUACAUUCCUUCAGUCUCUCUGACUCCCUUUCCAAAUAGGAUGCUCUAUUUACUAUUUGCCUAUAAGCUGCUAAAAAGCUGUAGUUGUUGGCACUCUGAAAGCCGUUGUGUUUUUAAGGUGAGAGAAUUUUACACCAAAAACAUUGAACUUGAGCUAUUUGCUGUGUCAGCGUGGACUCUGUGAGCGUAUGUGGUCAUGUGUUUGUUGGUCAGACCACUUUGAUUAGUACUAAUGGUAAUCCUGUUCUGUUGAGUGAUUGAAGGAUAUGAUGUAUGAUCUCUUAUGAGGAAUGAUGUGUUGGUACUUAAAAAGAGAAAAUUGGAGAACAUGACAAUUUGCGCAGUUUUAGUCAUAGAGGGUUUUUUUUGGCACACUGCUACAGGAUUGUUUUAGAAAAUCCCAGCAGUUCCUCUGAACUGCUCUACAAAGGCAAAAUGCAGUAACAAUAUGGUUAAAACUGAUUGACUCGGACAUUUGCCUCGCCUGAUAAACAAACAGAAUUGUGUAGGAUUGUCAGAUUUUUGUAAAAGGAGCCCAUUUCCUACAAGUUGGACCCUGGAAGAAAUCAAACCAAUAUAAUUACUGUUUUGCACUCAUUCAUAGAGAUAGAGGCAACCUGAAGCUAAAGUAAGCUGUAUUAAGUAAAGCUGGCUUUUGGUGAGAGCCACAGCUAACCUGAAUUAGGGCCGAUUGAUGAAUCAAUUUCAAGUAUUUUCAAAUCUCAGUUUGAGACAAUGCAAUUUAGGCUAUAUGAAGUGUGGUUAUUAAAUAAUGAGACUAUGCUGGAAGUAAAUUCCUUUUAGGUUGAGCAGAUUGAAACUUCAGUGAUUGUUUGCUUGCCCAUUGAUCAGUGUAUAAUACGGUACGGUUCAGACACGCAAAGCCACACAUCGUAUAUUUUGCGACGUGUGACCAGUAGUUUAAACCGUUGUCUCAGUUUAACAAAUUCAUGCCUUGUGCGACAAUCACACUUUUGAUGGUGUUUCAUGUAGCAAUGGUCUGUCACGUUCUAAAUCUGUCCAUCAGUGAAUACUGAAUUUAAGCUUGACUUCAAAAGUGACACCACAAAUGAAAUGGUAACAUCUGUCAGAAAAUUCCCAAUCAGAUAUUUCCCCAUCGUUUAGCCUUAGACUGAAAUGAAAUUAAAUGUACUCUCUGAUUUUUCCUUUAUAGGCAUUUUGGCAGCAUAUAUAAAUGAGAUGACUAAAGCAGUUUCCAGCCAUUUACUUCAUGUUGUUAUUGCUCUCUGCAUUUGAAGGACAGUAAAUUCCAAGUAUGAUUUCAGGCUUCUAUGACAAACAUUGAUAGUGAAGGUUAUGCAUCUAAUUUCCACCAUUUCAGGUGUAUAUUGUGUAGCUAUGUUUUGCAGCAUCACUGUGAGCUACUCUGAGCUGAUCAGGGAGCUUACAUGAAUGAACAAAUGAAAGAUUCUGUGACACAGUGACAGUUUGACUCGUGCAACUGAUGGACACUGUGGUUUGUUUUACAUCAGGAUUGGACAAUGAAGGACUAGUUAAUGAAUCCACUGCCAUGAAGGAAAUACUCAACAGUAUGUGUAUUUAAAAAGACCCAGAGUAUUACAGUAGUUUAGUGUGUUUAUCUCCUAGCUUCAUAUCAACAGUUAGAACUGAGGACAGUCUUUCAGUGGCUUAAUCACUCGGAUACACUGAUGAUUAGGGCUACAGAGAGGAAUCUAAUCUGAAAUCUAAAUCUGCUGAGUUUUGAAAUUCUCAGUGUCAUGCAUGUAGACUAUUUGCAUUUCAAGCCUCCUAGGAGUUUAAAGUGCACAUUUGAUUAGAACAAAGUAGCCAAAGUAAACAACACACUGUUAUUACCUGGAAGCCUGUGGGGCCUAUGCAUAGUGAGAAUAUUAGACACAUGAUAACUAGUGAAAACAGACUGUACAGCAUCUGUAAUCUUCUAUCUCCUGUUGUAAGCCAUAGUAGAGGUAGGAUAAAAGCCUCUUCUAGAUAAACUAUAUACAUCUUAUAUUAUUAUCUGCACAUGUCAUCAGUGUAUGGUGUUUUAACUAUACGUCAGUGUUCUCCGUUUUAUGUUUGUAUGUUCUGCAUGAUUAUGGUGUCCUUUUUUAAGCUACUAGCUCUGACAAAUUUUGCCAUCAUAUUUUAAGCUUGACACGCCUCAAUGUUUUUUCUGAUUUGACACUGUGCCAUCUUUUAAUCGAGUUCCACAUUGAAGGAAGAAUUGUGCUUGCCUGUUUUGUAUGUAGGAAUUCAUUUUGUUCUCGUGUUAAAAGCAGAUAUUGCCACAAGCAUCAAUGUAUGAUGUAACUGUAAAUCAGUGUUCUCAUUUUGUGUUUUUAUUUUCACCAUGGUUUAGAUGUUGGAAAUCCCAUUUGUAGGACGUUAUCAUCUUUGUUUUUUAUUUGCUUUUUGAUAUUGUGCCAUAUUUUUGCUAAAUAUUUUAUUGUUGAAGAACAAUGUCUUUCACUACAUAAUUAAAACAUAGUCAACUGUAUGAUUUAUGGCUCCCAGAUAUCUAGUGAGUGUUUUGGGUUUGUUUUGUUUUUUUGUCUUUUGGAAUAAAAAUCACCUGUUUUACCUGUGUGAAACAGGUAUGUUCAUCUUGGUACCUAACAUGUUGUUACAGACAUGGUUGCUUCUUCUCUUCUGUGAAGCUGUUGUCUAUAUAAAAUUGUAAACUGUAUUCUUCUGUAAAGUGAUGUUCUGCGCUGUUCUGACACUGUCCAGUGUUUCUUGUUAAAGACUUGUUCUUUGGACCAACAUUUGCUUCCUUAACAAGCAUACUGGAUGCUUAAGUUGUCUACCUUGCACUGUUGAAUUAAACAGUUAAAAAUG